AUGUCGCUUAUGCCAUCAAUGAAUCUAUAUCCCGUGACGAACUACACAUUUGGAUCUAAAGAUGCUCUCGUGGAGAGAGAUGCCAGUGUUUCAGCGAGGUUCCAGAGGAUGCGGGAAGAGUUUGACAAGACUGGCAUGCGCAGAAGUGUUGAGGCCGUCCUCCUAGUCCAUGAACACGGCCUCCCUCACCUCCUCCUGCUCCAGGUAGGUCCCACGUUCUUUAAACUACCCGGCGGAGAACUGAACACAGACGAAGAUGAGGUGGAAGGUGUCAAGCGACUACUGAGAGAGACACUCGGGGGGCAAAGUGGUGGCGACCAGCAGGAGUGGGCUAUUGAAGACAUCGUUGGCAACUGGUGGAGACCCAAUUUUGAGCCUCCACAGUAUCCAUAUAUACCUCCACAUAUUUCAAAGCCCAAGGAACACAAGAAACUUUUCCUUGUACAGCUUGGGGAGAAAGCCUUUUUUGCAGUACCGAAGAACUACAAGCUUGUGGCUUCUCCAUUUUUUGAGCUCUAUGACAACGCUCAGGGUUACGGACCAAUUAUUUCUUCACUGCCGCAGGCUUUGUGCCGGUACACCUUCAACUGUUUGUCAAGCUUGAAAGAUUCCCAAGCCAACAUGCAUCAGUAA